AAUAAAAGCAGAAUGAAUUAAUAUAUCACCAAAUUGAGCUUUUUUCCAUAUUUGUCGGAGUUUGUGACUCGCGGUGGUUCAGAAGUUCUCUGAAUGACCGAGCACUCCACACAUGUGUCAGAAAAGGACUGGAAGCCUUUUUUUGACCUGCCAGAGAACUGGGGUGAACAAACAGUUAAAUCAGGUGCUCCAUGGACUGCCAAACAGCUUAGACUGAAAAGUAAAGAAAACUUACACAAACUUUGGUAUGUUUUCUUGAAAGAAAAGAACAUGUUACUUACUUUAGAACAGGAGGCAAAACGACAGCGCCUUCCGAUGCCCAGUCCAGAGCGCCUCAAAAAAGUUGAAAGGUCAAUAAUGCGUCUUGACACGGUUGUGAAAGAACGUGAGGAUUCUCUGCGCUUACUGCAGACAGGACAAGAGAGGGGCAGACCGGGCGAAUGGCGCAGGAAUGUUUUUUGGCAAAACCUUCUGGUACCGCUUCAGGGAACAUCCAAUCCCCUGAUAUCUGAAUUCCAGAUACAAAAGGCAGCGAUUCUUUGAACCAUCACAUGUUGCCCCGUACACAAGGUAAGUCUCAAUUUACAAGUCAACAGAAAAAAAUUUCCCCGUCAGAUUAACUACAAAUUUAACUGAAAAUUUGAUUUUAUGGAGCAUCAUGGUGAUGGAAAAAUUAUAUUUCAAAGAUUUUACGUUCGCUCACAAACUCUUCGCAUUUGUUGCAAGUUUCUCGAGUGAAUAUAAAACUUUUGAUUUUUUUUGUUCCUCCAUCAUGGGCCUCCUUAAAAUAGUUAUUUACAUGAUUCAUUCAACCAGCUGAUAGAUGUUGACGCUAACAGAUGAUAUUACAU